CAGGGCGGGGGUUUCCCGGAAGAACCAGGAUGGGGCCGCCAGAGGCAGCGUAAGCCCAGCUCUUGGGAAGGGAAACUCGUGACACGCCGAUCUCCUCCUCCUCCUGUUCUCCAGCCUUGCAACAGCAGCGGCACUUUCGCUGCGCGCAACUCCCAGCAAAGUCUGCGCUGCGCCGGUGGAGCUUUGGCGACGCCAUGCAGCCCAGCUCGGGGCCUGCCGUGCUGGUCACCACCAGACCUCUUCAAAACACCCACACAGGGAUCGAUCUGUCUGUUCCAGAGUACCAGGAAAUCCGGGGGAAGAUGAUGUCAGGCCAUGUGGAAUAUAAUAUUGUCGCCGUGACGCAGCUGCCUGCUUUCAAAUCAGCAAAGCACAAGCCAGAAGAUAUAAUUCAGUUUAUGGUUUCAAAGAAGUACAGCGAGAUUGAGGAGUUUUAUCAGAAGUUGGCUACACGUUACCCACAAUCCUCUCUGCCACCUCUGCCAAGGAAAGUGCUGUUUGUUGGGGAGUUUGACAUCCGGGAACGGAGAGCUGCGUUCAAUGAGAUCAUGAGAUCCAUUUCCAAAGACACAGAUCUAGCAACAAGUCCCGAGUUAAUGGAAUUCCUAGGAACCAGAUCCACCAGCGCCACGGACAUCAAAAGUAAAAACCUCCCUGAUGCGGAAGACAAGGACGACGAAAACGAAGCCUUUGAUUUCUUCAAAGAGGAAAGGACGCCUGACCCCGUUCCUCUGUUCAAAUCCUCAGAAGAGCAGGGUGUUAAAGAGAGAAAAGAAAAAGAGGAAGAGGAGGAUGGGGAUGACGAUGGAGACCCACUUGGUGUUAUCAAAUCGAAAAAGACUAAGAAACCCACGCCUCCUCCAGCCAAAGAUGUGAAGCCCAAGUUAACGCUUUUUGACGAAGAAGCUGUUCCCGAUGAAGGACUGUUUGGCUCAGCUAAAGGGUUUUCGUUCAGCGGCAGCAAGAGGAUAUUGGCAGCCGAGAAAAACCUGAAAUUGUUUGAAGAUCCAGACCUUGGUGGAUUGGUGACUCUGGGUGACUCGCUGCUGUUGCCAACCGCCUGUGCAAGCACGGAACAUGCAUUAAGCGGUAGCCUUGAGGAGGACACCGAGGAGCUCUUGAGAGUGGAAGAGGAUUUUGAGAAGAUGUGGAAACUAAGCUCCAAGCCCAAGCUACCACCUAAGCCAGCGUUACCAAAGAAGCCAGCAGUAACUGAUGCAAAACCCCCAUUAUCCUCAGCCCCCAAAACAAAGCCAAAUGAAGUCAAGGCUCAGACCAUGGGCGAAGUUGAUAUCCUCCAGUACAUUCAAGAAAACGAAUCUACCAGCAGUGAAGAACCAAGCCUGUUCUGAAACACAGACUAUGCCAGACUUUUCUUCAGGAAGAACUUCCACCAGCCUUCUGCAUCUGGUUGGACAGAGCAGGCUUUGGCCCAGCGCCCUCGGUUGACAGCUUGCCUGCUGGUUCAUUAUGGCAAAGAGCAGAUUUGUAAGCAGCAAAUCAAUGAACGGCUUGUGUGUGUUCUGACCGCAGAGCAGCUGGGAUCUGAUCAAAGAUGCCUUAUGUUUGCUUUUUUCAGGGAGUUUCAAGAGCAAGGCUAGAAUUUUGUUGAAAGUGAGAGUGCUAUCUUGUUUUUUUGUUUUCAUUUUUUUUGUACUACAGUUGUAGUUCAAACUGUUGGAAUAAUUCAUACAACAUAAUUGGGGGCAAUUUGAUUAUUUGAGAGGUAGAGGGGAUAAAGGGAGCAGACUUAGUAAGGUGGGUGAAUAAAGUAAAAUAACUUUUUUUUCUUAAUUGGAAUUGUUUUAACUGCUUCUCCUUGUCCCUAGAAUCAGAGAAUUGUAGGGCUGGAAGGUAUCCCAAGGGUCAUCUAGUCCAACCCCCUGCAAUCCAGGAAUCUCAGCUAAAUCAUCCAUGACAGAUGGCCAUCCAAAUUCUGCUAUAAACACUCAAAGGAAGGAGAGUCCACAACCUCCUGAGGGAUUCCGUUUCACUGUCAAACAGUUCUUAGUGUCAGAAGGUUUUCCUGAUGUUUAGUUAGAAUCUCCUUUCUUGUAACUUGAAGCCAUUGGUUCAAGUCCUGGAGCAGAAGAAAACAAGUUUGCUCCAUCCUCUAUUUGACAGCCCUUUAGAUAUUUGAAGAGGGCUCUCGUAUCUCCUCCUAGCUUCUUCUUUUCCAGGCUAUAAACAUACGCAGCUCCUUCAACAAUUCUUCAUAUGGCUUGGUUUCCAGACCCUUGAUCAUCUUGGUUUAAAUAUCUCCUUGAGACAACUUUCUAGAAAAUAUGCCAAAAAACCCCUUCACCCCCUGGAUUGAUUGGCUACAGGGAACAUACAGCAUUUCCCCCCCAGACCCAUAUUGCCCCAUAUUUAUGGUAUUUAUA